GUGCCAGCAUACAACUACAAUUCACACUUUCAAAUCUCUCUUCUCCUCUAGCCUUGUUUUUUCCCCGGUUAUAUCCUCUCAUUUCUCAGGCAUAAUGGCGAAAAGUACUCGGUCAAGCAUCACUAAGCGUAAUCGUGCGAAGCUUCGAUCAACCGUCUUCGGCCCAGUCUCCGAUGCAAGAACAGCAAGACUUUCUGCGAAGUUAGAAGAGAUUGCAGCACAACCCCGUCCAGAGGUCGACCAAAAGAAAUCACCCAUUGAAUCUGCAGCUACUGAGACAGAAAAUAUGGAUAUUGAUACAAAGACCAGUGGGAAGCUCACCAACGCCAAUUCUCAAAAGUCUCGGCGUGUUCAAAAACGAAACAAAAAGGCCCGUAAUUCCAUCGUUUUUCAGCAGCACCCCUCGAAGGCCAAGCGAAUUUCAAAGAAAAAAUGAUCCUUUUCCAAUAACUACCAGAAGAGAAGAAACCCGAUGCUACGCCACGUCUUACGAAGGCCAGCUCUUUUCAUGAUGACGGAUGUGUACAUUCCAUUGAGACCGCUGGCAGAUCUACUUUGCUAUCAACGACAAAUCGUAGAUCUGCCAGUAUCAAUAUAUUUUAACUCGCAAAUAGAAGACACAAAAGGGAUACGAGGGAACUAUAUGGAUUACAGGAGUUCUCGGUCUUUAAAAAGUUUUGAUAUUUUUAAUACAAUAUAAUACUCCUUAUUUUGUUGUUA